AUGGCCGACAACUGCUGCUCUCCCUGCUGCCGGCCGUCUUGCUGUGUGCCCGUGUGCUGCGAACCCGUGUGCUGCAAACCCGUGUGCUGCGAGCCCGUGUGCUGCGUUCCCGUCUGUUGCGAACCCACGUGCUGCCCCACCCCGUGCUGCCGCCCAGCCUCCCGCGUGGCUCUGCUCUGCCGCCCGGCCUGCUGCUGCUCCCCUUGCUGCCGGCCGUCUUGCUGCGUGCCCGUGUGCUGCAAGCCCGUGUGCUGCACGCCCGUGUGCUGCAAACCCGUGUGCUGCACGCCCGUCUGCUGCACGCCCGUCUGCUGCGAACCCACGUGCUGCCCCACCCCGUGCUGCCGCCCAGCCUCCCGCGUGGUUCUGCUCUGCCGCCCGGCCUGCGGUGCGCCCUGCGGGGCCGGCUGCGGCUCGGCCUCUUGCUGCCAGCCGGCUUGUGGCCGGGACAGCUCCUGCCCUUCUCUCCUCUGCCGACCUGCUUGCCCCAGCCCGACUUGCUGUUGA